AGUAAUACCUUUUUUUUUUUGCUCCAUUCACCAAAAGAUUUUGGCUUUUGGUUGUGUUGGGUUUCCUGUGUUUGGUCGUAUCAAUUUUCAAAACAAUUUUGAGUCAACAUGGCGACCGUCGACAAUAAACCCAAGAAGGACAUAUCGAUGGAAUAUACUUCAAGUAAACUCCCAGAAAAGUAUGUCAAGAUUAAGAAGUCUGAACUUGAUGGGGUAUUUUCAGAAGUUAGGCAAUUAAAACAGUUCGUACCAAAGAUUGUUGAUUCAGAGUUUACUUUCUUGUGUGAAAAAGUAGAGGCCAGAAAAAUUGAGCUAGAGAAACUUCAAAAGGAAAACAAUCUUUUAAAAAGAGAGAUUGAGCACAUAAAAAAUAGCAAUAUUCGUGAAAAUAAUGUUUUGAGCAAGAAGUACAAUAAUCUGAUGAAUGACUACGAUAAGGAGAGAGAGGAAAAAUUCCAGUUGAAGUGCCAACUUACUUCUGUCAAUCAAAGCUUGCUGGACCAAUCAGAGUACUGUGCUAGUAUGGGUGCUGCUGCUUGUACCUUACUGUGGCGCGUGUCUCGGCAGCAAGAUUCAGUCUCAUCUUUGCUGGCUGGGACCAAAGCCGAGGAGUUUCUAGAGAUUACUACCAAAACCUUGGAUAGCUACUUCGCCACAUGCGAUGACAGCGACACAGACCAAGAGAAGUCGGAGGAGUUCCAAUUCGUUCUUGCUCUCUGUGGAAUUGUUACUAAUCUUGCUGCCGCUCCUUGUGGAAGGGAUUUCCUGGUUACCAACAGUUCAGGUCAAGGACUGGUUGACACACUAGUGAGAUGCGUAGAGGAGACACGUCCCAGUCCUAACGUACGCAUACACAGCUUGGUGCUCAUGGCUCUUUAUAACGUCAGUAUUCACCGCAAUGGUCUACAGCAUCUUUUAUCCAGGCCAACUCUGUUGUCGGCAUUGAUGCGGUUAAUAUCAGAUGAGAUUAGCUAUGAGCUUCGGCUCAAUGGUGCAAGGCUACUUCAAUCGAUGGUAAUGGAGCCAGAGAACCUAUCCCAGUAUGCUUUGCAACAGAUAUCCUUACCUUCCUUACAGCGCUUAGCAACCACAGUGAAAGGAGAGGUGCAAAGCGUUUUAUUGGACAUCGUGACAGAUUUGCAGCGACAUCAAGAUCCGUGACAAGUCCGAGUCACUUGUACUGUCACGCUAUUUAGUGUACAUAUCAUGUGACCCAUGUGAUAGGCAUGCGCGAAGAACCCGAAUAAUAUGUGUUGUCACGCUAUUUUAGGCAUGUCAUGUGACGGCAUGAUAGUUCUUGUUCUCCAACCAUAACGCUAUUGAAAACAUAUUUGUAAGUUAUGGUUGUGGUUCGUUACUUUAGUAAAGACUCUUAAGUUGUAAAUAUAUUGUAAGCAGUUUAUUUUUCAUCAAAUAAAGUGUUAUAACAAAA